AUGCCCCCCGGCCGCCUCUCCACGGGCUCCUCCUCCCGCCGGCGCUCCGGCUUCGCCGCCACGCCCGCAAAGACCAUCCAGAUCCCGCUCAACGAUGACACGGCCGAGAAGGCCAAGCGGCACAGGCGCCGCACCAUCCUGCAGGACAUGCAGAUGAACAAGAUCGCGGCGGCGGUGACGCCCGGCAGCCGCCGCGUCACCAUUGGCGACCGCGGCGAGAGCCCGCUGAACACGCCGUCGAGGGGGGGCGCAGGGGGAGAGCUCGACGCAGUCACGCCAAUGAGGAAGGUGCCCAUUUUGGCCAACUUUGAGGAGUGGAUGAAGUUGGCGACGGAUAAUAAAAUUAAUGCGACCAAUUCGUGGAACUUUGCGUUGAUUGAUUACUUUUACGACAUGUCGCUGCUGAAGGAGGGCGAGGGCAUCAAUUUCCAGAAGGCCUCGUGCACGCUCGACGGCUGCGUCAAGAUCUACACGAACCGCGUGGACUCGGUCGCGACGGAGACGGGGAAGCUGCUCAGUGGUCUGGCCGACAGCAGCUCGCGGAAGAAGGGGCGCGGCGGCGGCGACGACGAGGAGGGCAGUGAUGCGGAGGCGGAGGAGGACGGGGACGGGGAGGGGGUCAAGAAGCCGCGGAGAAAGGCACAACGCUCCUCCGAGGCAACGCUCGCAAAGGAUUUCCACACGCUACAGAUCAAGAAGCUCGAGCUCGAGUUCUCCGUCGACCCACUGUUCAAGAAGGCCUCUGCCGACUUCGACGAAGGCGGCGCCAAAGGGCUGCUUCUCAACCAUCUCAGCAUCGACAACAACGGCAAGAUCGUCUUCGACUCGUCCGACGACAAAAAGGCCGAAGAAGAAGAAGAAGAAGAAGAAAUCAAGGAAGAAGACGAAGACAUAGACGGAACCCCCAAGCCUAAGUCUGCCCCCGAAGAAAAAGCUGAAGAGCCGGAAGACGAGGACAUCCCAAUCGAUAUCUCAGUGCUUGCCUCCCGCUUCUUCCCAGAUCUGAGCCGCCUCGAUAGUCAGGAUAUCUGUCCCUCACUCAAGGGCUUCGAGUUCGGCGACUCUGCGGGUGCGCUGGAUAUCCCGUUCUUGAAGGCGCUUGAGGAGCGUGCGGACGAGGAGCUACAGGACGGUGAUGACGGCGCGUCAGAUAAUGGCGGCGACAUGGCGUUCGGCUUUGACGACGGCUACGGCGUCGGUGUCGAGGGCGACGGACUUGGCUUCGGAGAGGGCGGUGAAGUCUGGGCGAAUGAGACAAUCGCAGACGCAGCGGAGCGCUUCAUGAGCCCGGCCAAGAGACCGACAAUGAUGGGUCUUGGAGGAGCCGACGGCGAAGGGGAGAGGUUCGGCGAGGUUGACGGCGAUUACAGAGUUGGUUUUGGGGACUCUGCAGAGGGGAUCUUGAGCUACUUUGAUGAGGCGCUGAAGAAGAACUGGGCUGGCCCUGAGCACUGGCGCAUCCGGAAGAUCAAAGACAGCACCAAAUCCAACGCCGCCCCCGUGCGUGUCCGCAAGGAGAAGGAAACCUUCGAGAUCGACUUUAUGGACCCCGCGGGCGACAUCCCCGCCGACGUCUUCGCGCCCCCCAAACUCCGCAGCGCCACCACAAUGGCCAAAAAGGACCAACAGCCCAAGUCCCGCUACCUCCUGCCCGACGACAAACUCUUCAACUCGCGCCAGCUACUCAAGCUCUUCCUCAAGCCCAAAUCCAGCAUCCAAGAGACCAAGCGCCGCCGCCUCACCCUCGGCGGGGGCAGCGGCCGCGCCACCACCGGCGCCGGCAACACCACAACCCACGACAUCCCCGCCGACGCCGACCCCGCCGGCGAAGACAUGGACGAGGAGUUCUGGGCAAAGGAGAACAUGGCCAUGGAGAUCCAAGCCUCGUCCACGCCCGACCCCAAGGUCGCCGGCAACUACGACGCAAACUUCUUCCAGGACGACGGCAUGGGCAUGGGGCUCGGCGGCCUGCCCGACGACGACGACGACGACGAGUUUGCCGACGCCAGAGAGGCGUUUAGUCCUGGCCCCGAGGGCGCCGCGGCGCAGGCGGGCGCGGCGCAGAACGUCUUUGGCACGCAUCAGUUCCCGCCCGGAACGUUUGGCGGGAACCUCGAGUUUGGCAGCCAGCUGGUCACGGGCGCGCGCAGGGUGCGCCCGGAGUAUGUGCAGUAUGCGCGCGUGGCGAAGAAGGUCGAUGUCAGGAAGCUGAAGGAGAACUUGUGGACGGGGCUGGCUUUCGAGCCGCCCAGUGAGGUGCCUGGGAAGCAGGCGGCGCCGGUGCCACCGGCGGAGGAGCCGAGGAGGUUCACGAGGGUCAUGAAUGAGCUCCAGAGCGUGUACCCGCAGAAGACGAUGGCCGACAUAUCGACGUCGUACUGCUUCAUCUGUCUGCUGCAUCUGGCGAACGAGAAGGGGCUGGUGAUUACGGGGAGCGAGGCGCUGACGGAGUUGAGUGUGGUCAAGGAUGAGAGUGCGGAGGGGCCGGAUGGGUAUUAG